AUGGCCUCAGCAAACCCUGUGGAGAGACUGCAGGAUGAGGCCGUGUGCAACAUCUGCCUGGACUGCUUCACUGAGCCAGUGAGCAUUGACUGUGGGCAUAACUUCUGCCAUGCCUGCAUCAGCCGGUACUGUGAGAAGUGGGAGGAAGAAAGCCCUGGUAAACCCGUCCUGUGCCCCAUCUGCAAAAAGAAAUUCAAGAAGGACAACUUCCGGCCCAACUGGCAGCUGGCCAACAUGGUAGAGAACAUCCUGAAGCUGAAGGCCGCAAGGGGAGAGGAGCGGACGGGGCCAUUCUGCCAGCAUCACCAAGAGCAGCUCAAAUUGUUCUGUGAGGAGGAUGGGAAGGCAAUCUGCGUGGUGUGCCGGGAGUCCCAAGAGCACCGGGAACACAGGGUGGCACCCGUGGAGGAGGCUGCCCAAACAUACAGGACCAAAGUCCAGCAAGCCCUGACUCAGCUCAGGAAGGAGAUGGAAGCUGCCAAGCGGCUGGAGGCCAAGGAGACCAGGAAGAUCAAGGAAUGGCAGGAGAAAGUGCAGGUUCAGCGUCAGAUCAUCACGUCAGAGUUCGAGAAGAUCCGCCAGUUCCUGACUGAGGAGAAGAAGCUGCUGCUAGAGAAGCUGGCGACGGAAGAGAAGGACUUCAUGCAGAGAGUACAGGCCAACCUAGCUGACCUCUCGGAGCAGAGCUCUGCCCUGGGCAAACUCAUUGCAGAGCUGGAGGAGAAGUGCCGGAAAUCAUCUGUGGAGCUGCUGGAGGGUGUGAGGUGUCCACUGAGCAGUGCUGAAACUAUCAAACUGCGGGAGCCAGAAGCCAUCCCCACUGAAGUGAAGAAUAGAUACAAAUUCCCUGAGCGUUGCCUGGAUAUGAAGAAAAUGCUACAGAAAUUCAAGACGGAUGUGACUCUGGAUCCCGAGACAGCCCACGUGUGCCUGGAGCUGUCCAAGGACCGUCGGGGCGUGCGGCUGGGGGAGCCGCAGCGGGACAUCCCGUCCCACGCCAAGCGUUUCGACACGUACCGCUGUGUGCUGGGCGCGGCGGGGCUGCAUACAGGACGGCACUACUGGGAGGUGGAGGUGGAGGCGGGCGACAAGGCCUACUGGACGCUGGGCGUAGCGCGGGGCUCGCUGCGCAGGAAGGGCUGGUUCAGCAUGGAGCAGGAGGAGGGCAUCUGGGCUGUGCGCCUCAUCAGGGGCCAGUACCACGCCCUCACCUGCCCCGAGAUCAGACUGUCCCCGAGCCGCAGCCCCCAGCUCCUGGGCAUCUUCCUGGACUGUGACGGCGGGAGCAUCACCUUCUAUGAGGCCGAGGGCAUGGAACCCAUCUUCUCCUUUGCCACCGGCACCCCCUUCCCCGAGCCGCUCUACCCCUUCUUCUGGCUCAUGUGCCCCGGCACCAGCCUCAGGAUUUGCCCCACGGUGUGA